GACACGUGCUAUUAUGGCUAUAGAACCGAUUUCUGCAGUUCCUUCUUUAUUAUCCGACUACCUUAGGACUCCGUCUUGCCCACCGAACUUACAGUGGGACCCUACUGUUAAGAUUUGCCUCCCAAACUUGGAUUAUAAUCAAUAUGUGCCUAAGGGACUUCUGAACAACCCGAGCUUACCUGGGUCGCCGUGGAACUCGCCUGUGGCAACACCUGGAAGAAAACCUGGAGGAAGUUCUGGUGGUGGCACUAAGGAAACUCUUGAAAGAAAGCCUGUGCAACGUCCUGUUGCGAAACCUAGUGUUAGUUCUGGCGGAGGCUCUGGGGGAAGUACUGAAGAAAAACCAGGAGGAAGUGCUGGCGGGGGCUCUGGUGGAAGUCCUAAGGAUAAGCCUGUAGAAAGUUCUGGAGCAAGUCCUGGAGAAAAACCAGCAGGUAGUCCGGAGAGCAAACCAGAAGGUAGUUCUGGUGGAGCUGCUGAAGUUGGAGCUGCUGGAGAAAAGCCUGUUGAUAUUCCACAACAAAAACCAGAAGAUAGUUCUGGCGGAGGCUCUGGGGGAAGUCCUCAGAAUAAGCCUGUAGAAAGUUCUAAAGGAAAUCCAGAAGUAAAACCGGCAGGAAUCCCUGAGAAUAAGCCUGUAGAAAGUUCUAAAGGAAAUCCAGAAGUAAAACCGGCAGGAAUCCCUGAAAGCAAACCAGGAGGUAGUUCUGUCGGAGCUGCUGCAGAAAGUGCUGAUAAAAAACCAAUAGAAAGUCCUGAUAAAAAACCAAUAGAAAGUCCUGAUAAAAAACCAAUAGAAAUUCCAAAAGGAAAACCUGGAGGUGAUAGCGAUGGCUCGACAGGACGUCCCGAAGAGAAACCGAUUGUAAGUCCUGGGGAAAAACCAACAGGUAGUUCUGGCGGGAAUGCUAAGGGAAAUGUAGGAGAAAAACCUGCAGGCUCCGCUGGAGGAACCACCAACACAAAUAUCAACACUAUUAAAAUACAACACAAACGCUAACUUUAGAAAAUGACUUUAAAGUGUAACUUAAAUGAAUGAAAAACAUUAACUUUAAAAAAUGACUUUAAAGUGUAACUUAAAUGAAUGAAAAAUAUUAAAACAUUGUUGAUGUAAUGCUUUUAAAAUUUGUUUAG